AUGAAGCAUAAAUCAUCUACAACAUGUUCUUCUGCUGGCAGAGUUACAGCUCAAUUACUAUUAUCCUUCCUAGCCUUAUCGACACCGAUAAGUGCAUUUGAUUCAACUCAUCAUCAACAGCAACCAAUAAUACCCAUACUAUCACCUUUUAUUCCAGAAUCAGAUACUAGACAGGAUCUAGCGGGACAUCAUAUAUUUUCCCUUCGCCACGUCUUCCAUCAUGGAACUUAUGAUCACCCUCAACUACACAAACAACUAGAUAUUUUAAACUCCAAGUCCAAGUCAACAGUAUGGUUAGAAUCCGAAGAUGGAAAGGGGCCAUUGCAGGAAGUAACAAGGCCGUUGGUCAUGAAAAAGAGUCCAGUGAAGAUAGAACGAUUAAAAGACAGGAGACCUUCAGUGGUUGAUCCAAUGGUAGCAGCAUCAAGAGAGAGCGGGGAUAUAUGGACAUUAUCACCAUCAGCUUGGACAGUUGAUGAAAUCGCUGGACCAGAUAUUACAGACAAGGAUACAGUCAUAACAUUGGCACAAAUGGCGGCGAACGCCUAUGUGGACAAACCAGACACAGGGGACUGGAAAGAUGUUAAUGGUGGAUUUAAUCGAACCACUGACUAUGGAUUUGGAUGGGAUGCCGAUGGACUACGAGGCUACAUCUAUAUGGAUGAGACGAACUCGACGAUUGUGAUAGGAUUGAAGGGAACGAGUCUUGCGGUGUACGACGGGGAUGGAACAACUACAAACGACAAGGAGAACGACAAUUUAUUCUUCAGUUGCUGCUGUGGUCAACAAGGCGCUUCAUUCUACCGACAAGUUUGCGAUUGUGCUACCGGAACCUAUACCUGCAAUGUUUCUUGCCUCAAGAAAAGUUUGGUAUCUGAAAAUCGAUACUACACCGCGGCUCGACAUCUUUACAACAAUGUUACGGCUAUCUAUCCUAAUGCGAAUGUGUGGAUGUCAGGUCAUUCCCUUGGUGGAUCUAUCAGUGCCAUGUUAGGAUUAACAUAUGGUAUUCCUGUUGUUACAUUUGAGUCCGUCCCAGAUGCUCUACCCGCAAGCCGUUUAGGUUUACCAGCUCCACCAGGACACAAUCCUAGCACACCACAAAAGCGCGAGUUUACUGGAGCUUACCAUUUUGGCCACACUGCCGACCCAAUCUAUUUGGGAACUUGUAAUGGAGCUACCGCUUCUUGCUCAUAUGCGGGAUAUGCAUUAGAAAGUUCAUGUCAUACCGGCAUGGAAUGUGUCUAUGAUGUUGUAGCCGAUCAUGGGUGGGGAGUACACAUUUGGUCGCACAAAAUCAUAACUGUGAUUGAGCAAAUCAUCAAGGUCUACGAUACAGUGCCAGUAUGCAAAUUCACACCGGAAUGUGUAGAUUGUCCGCUUUGGAAAGAGGUGGAAGGCAACAGCAGUAGUACCGCUACAGCCCCACCUCCAUCAACCUCAACCACAACCACAACCACAAAUACACGGAGUCGUACCUCCACAUGUAAAACACCGGGAUGGUGGGGUUGCCUAGAUGAAGAUACAUCCACAACUUCGAAACCCACGACUAGCGUGCCAGUCACCACCACAACAACUUCAUCUUCAACCUCAACCUGCAAAUCUCCUGGCUGGUUUGGCUGCAACGAUGAAAAAACUACUACUAAAAGCAGUAGCAGUAGCAGUAGUAGCACUUCAUUCCCACACAUCGCCACCUCGACCUCAGCCUCAACCUCGACCUCAACCUCAAAUUCAACCUCCACGAGUACAUCAGCAACAACAACCUGUGAAACUCCCGGCUGGUUCGGCUGCAAAGACCCCACCUCCACCUCUACAUCCAUCUCCUUCAGCACCAAUCCCCCACCAUCCCACCUCAUAACCCCCAAACCACCUCUCCCCUCCCCCACAACCUCCCCCACAACCCAAACAUGCACCUCUAAAAACUGGUUCGGCUUCAUCUGCGUUGAUCCGUCACCAGACGCAAAACCAAAACCAACAUCAAGCGCGGCGCCAAAACCUAAAGAGACGUGUUUGAAGAGGAACUGGUGGUUUGGGUGUAAGGAAUGGGAAUGGGAUGGGGAGUUGUAG